CAGGAGAAGAUCAGCCGUUGUAGUGACUGUGAUCUGGUGAUGUGCGGGCUGAAUAAAACCAAGCCAGUAAAAAACAGAAACCAUGACUACGGGGGAUAUAAAAGGCGUCCUCCGGAAAUUAGAACAAAGGCUGCGAAUGAUCAGUUAUCCAAGAGAUGUGGACUACUCCGGUUUGGUGAAGGGAGAUCCUUCUGCAUCGCUGCCCAUCAUCAGCUACGCAUUUACUGCUUAUUCAACACACAUCGCAGAGAUCCUGGUGUCUUUAGAUGUUGAACUUUCUGCAAAGAGUGAUAUGAGGUUUAUUGAUGCUGUUUACAAGGUUCUUCGAGAUAUAUUCCAUUACAAGCCUGUACUUACAAAGCAGCAGUUUCUUCAGUGCGCCUUCUCUGAAAGGAAGAUACAAACAGUCUGUGACAUUAUUGACUGUGUGGUGAAAAAACAUAAGGAAAUCGCAAAUCAGACAAAGGUGAAAUUGCCACCACCUAAGAAAAUGGCUUCUGCUAAACAUAAAUUUAAAGUAUUUUAUCCGGAAGAGUCAUCUGUAGAGACUACAAGUGAAAAUGUAAUACAAAAAACAAUGCUUGUGGAACGACACGUUGGCAGUGGAACUGUUACUUUACCUAUAGUUUCUGAAAGAUUUGCGUCAUCAACACAGGAAGAAUUAUCAAGUUCUGAAUCUGAAGCCGAUGGCAAUUGUGAGGAUGUGGGAACGGAGGACGCACAGAUAGAUUUACUGAAGGCACAGCUUGCUGAAUGUCAAGAGAAACUGACACGGCUUGAUUGGAUGGAGGACAGACUGCAGGCAUUGGAGAAUAGUAUGAAAGGGAAAUUAAUAAUUGAUGAGAGCGACUGGAACAACCUCCUCAGCCGUGUUCUUCUCCUAGAAACGGACCGAUUGCUACACGCAAAAAAGAGAGAUUUGUCAACAGAAUUCACUUCUAUAAGCGAAGAGCGUACAUCAAGCAGGAUCACAAAUGACAUUUCUCCAGAUUUUAACACCAAGGUAGAUAUCCCAGAAAGCAAUCAUCAGUCGUCUGGAUACAAUUCCCUGCUAUCUGCAGACGCAUCUACCAUAGCCAGUGACAUCAAUUACAGCCGCUUGACAGAAGACUUAAAGGAGCCCACGAAACAAAGAAUAGAUCGAUUAUCUAAAAUGUUAGAGGAAACCUCGAAACUUCUGAAAUAUUCAAAUACUUCUUAGUACUGAACAAUUUCUUUACAAGCGAUUUGUACAUUCUUUCUGUUCUGAAAUCUGUAAAAUAAAGUAUUUUUUAUAAG